GAAACAUACAGAAUUAGCGCAAUAUUGGUAUACUAUUUGUAAGUUUGAGGAAACAACCGAUAAAGUAAGAUAAAUUGAUCUCACAGCUUGAAAUCUUUGGUAUAUAUCAUUAUUUAGAUAAAUUUUCAUGUUUUGAAUAAUAAAUUACACUGAUUUUCUCAGCUGUAAGCUUACAAAAUGUCAGAUUCCGAACUGAGCGAUAGUGAAGAUGGAAAUCUGUUUAAAAUUCUUUUAGCUACUGAUAUUCAUAUUGGUCAAGGGGAAAAAGAUGCUGAAAUUGCAGAUGAUGCCAUAAACACGUUUGAGGAAAUUCUGCACAUAGCUGUUGAAAAAGAGGUAGAUUUUGUCUUACUGGGGGGAGACCUGUUUCAUGAAAACAAACCUUCUCGAAGAUGUGUUGUUAAGACAAUGGAGCUACUUAGAAGGUUUUGUAUUGGAGAUAAAGAAGUUAACUUCAAAAUGGUUUCUGAUCCAUCUUUAAACUUUUCACAAUCAAAAUUUCCAGUCGCUAAUUUUGACGAUGAAUCCUUAAACAUUUCAUUGCCGAUUUUCUCCAUUCAUGGAAAUCAUGAUGAUCCAACUGGUGUUGAUAACCUCUGCGCUCUAGACGAACUCUCAACGGCUGGACUAAUCAAUUUAUUUGGUAAACAGACAAGUUUAGAAGAAGUUAACAUGUCACCUGUAUUACUUAAGAAAAAGAAUUGCUUAUUAGCCUUGUAUGGACUUGGAGCAAUGAGAGAUGAGCGUCUCCAUCGUUUAUUUACACAGCAAAAAGUGCACUUUAUGAGACCAAAAGAGAAUAUGGAAGAAUGGAUGAACGUUUUCGUGAUACAUCAAAACAGAGUUUCACACGGCCCAACCAACUAUAUUCCUGAAAAGUUUUUACCCAACUUUCUUGAUCUAGUGUUUUGGGGUCAUGAACAUGAAUGUCAAAUAAGUCCUAUGUUCAACAGUGAGCAGGACUUUUACGUUAUACAACCCGGAUCCUCGGUUGUUACGCAAUUGGCUGAAGGAGAAACUGUUGAUAAGCACGUAGCAUUAAUGCAGGUGAAACCUGGGCGUAACUUUAAUAUCACACCAAUACCCCUAAAAUCAACAAGACCUUUCAUAAUGAGAGAUCUAGUACUAUCUGAAACAAGAAUAGAACCUUUCCAUCCAAAAGUCAAUGAAAAAGUUGAGAAGUACUGCACAAAAGUAGUAAAUGAAAUGAUUGAAGAGUCUAAAAACAAAAUAACUGGACAUCGCAAGCAACCUCAAAAACCCCUCAUUCGAUUGCGUGUGGACUUUUCUGGAGGAUAUGAUCCGUUUAGUUUUCCUAGAUUUGGUCAAAGAUUCGUUCAUGAAGUUGCAAAUCCUAGGGAUAUUGUAAAAUCUUUUAAGAAGGCAAAAGAAGCAAAAAGAAGAGAAAAAAACUCUGAAGUUAAAAUUGAUUUGGAAUAUAAACCAGAAAAACUUGAAACAGCUACAGUGGAAGGCGUAAUAAAAGAGCACUUUCAAAAGUCUGAAAAAAAUCUAUUGCUCUUGACCGAGAAGAUGAUGAAUAUUGCUUUAAAUGCUUUUGUUGUGAAACAAGAAAAAGAUGCUUUGAUGGUUACAAUAAAUCACGUAUUAGAAACUACUGAAAAGAAACUCAUAGCAGAUGAUGCAAAUCUUGCUAACAUAAGAAAUGAAUUGGUUAGAAUGAGCAAGAAGAAAAAGAAAAAAAAGGAAACUGAUAGCGAGGAAAGCGAUGCCAAUGAUGAAAAUGACUUAGAAAAGUUAUUACAGGAAAAAUCGCAGAAGGGAUAUGCAAUGGAGGACAGCGACAUUGAAGUGUCUCCGGAGAUGACCAGUAAAAGAGGGGUGUCAGCUAGAAGAGGACGGAGUAAAUCACAGCGUUCGCCUGAUGAUGAUUUGUUUAGCGAAGUUGUGGAGCCUCCAAAGCGAGGUAGAAGAGGCUCAAGAGGUGGAAGAGGAACAAGAGGCCGAGGAAAGCGAGGAGGUGUACAACAACGCCUUGAUUCUAUGCUGGGUACAAGUACUUCCAGUGCUACUCCCCCAAAAAGGAAAAUUGUGGACAUUGGAGACAGUUCAGAUGAAGAUGAUGCCUUUGCAGGCGUUCAAGUUUUGACCAGAAAAAAAGGAAAGUAA